CUCAAAGUAUUUCUAUGUGAAACUGGAUUGUUAAAAUGACUUUUAAAACUAUUUUCGUUUUUUCUUGUAUCAUAUUAAUUGACUCAACACUAGCGGACACUGGUCAACAAAAACGAGUUCUUCUCCACGGCAAUGACGACCUUGCAGCAGCUCUUCAGUUACUGACCACCGAGGUCAACCAGCUGACUACUCAGAACAAUCAAUUGGUCGCAAAAAUCACGCAGUUCGAGACCCAAAUCAAUCAGCAGAAGUUGGACAUUGCGACACUUUCAUCUAGCCCUAAGGGAGGAUCUGUGUACACAAGAUGGGGUAGAACCACGUGUCCGGCUAAUGGAACUGAUCUCGUGUAUACAGGUUUUACCGCUGGAAGUAUUUACACUGAACAGGGAGCUGCUGAUUAUCUUUGUCUCACAUCACAGCCACUUUGGGGUGUAUUCGACGACUCUCCACAGACAUUUUCGGCUAAGAUAUACGGGACAGAAUAUCAGUUUUUUGAGCAGGGUUAUCAACAAGCAGGCUCAGAGUUUUUCGGCAAGGACUUACACAAUCACGAUGCCCCGUGUGCUGUUUGUCGUACAUCACGCGAAACAACCAUCAUGAUCCCAGGCAGAAAUCAGUGCUUUGAGGGAUGGACAAAAGAAUACGCCGGUUAUCUAGUAUCAGGCGAAUGGUCUGGCUCCGUAUCUGGAGAUAACUACGCCUGCCUUGAUGCAAAUGCCGAAGUCGUGACUGGCGAUUACCAAGCCAACAUGGGAAAACUGAUGUACACGGUCGAAGCAGUUUGUGGGUCUCUUCGCUGCCCGCCCUAUGUACAGUAUCGUGAAAUCACAUGUGUUGUAUGUAGCAAAUAA